GUUCUCCGCUCCAAAAUACGGAUUGAACUGGGGACAAUUGCUAGGACGUUGUCGCCGAUAACUUUGAAGAGACCUUGUGAAGGGGACAGUGAGGUGCCUUUGAUCGAAGUCUUAUAUUAUACUUCCCCCAACAUGUGCACUGGAGGCUGCGCCAAGUGCCUGGGGGGCACCCUCAUCCCCCUUGCCUUGUUCGGCUUUUUGGCUAACAUCCUGUUAUUUUUUCCUGGAGGAAAUGUGAUAGACAACAAAGACCACCUUUCUGACGAGGUCUGGUUCUUCGGAGGAAUAUUAGGAAGCGGGGUCUUGAUGAUCUUCCCCGCGCUGGUGUUCUUGGGCCUGAAGAACAAUGACUGCUGCGGGUGCUGUGGCAACGAGAGCUGUGGGAAGCGCUUCGCGAUGUUCACCUCCACAAUAUUUGCUGUGAUUGGAUUCUUGGGUGCUGGAUAUUCAUUUGUUAUCUCGGCCAUCUCAAUCAACAAGGGUCCUAAAUGUCUCAUGGGCAACAGAACGUGGGGCUACCCCUUCCACGAAGGGGAUUACCUCAAGGAUGAGAGCUUGUACAGGCAAUGCCAAGAACCUGUCAAUGUGGUGCCCUGGAAUCUGACCCUCUUCUCCAUCCUGCUGGUCGUAGGAGGGAUCCAGAUGCUUCUCUGUGUCAUCCAGAUCGUCAACGGCCUCCUGGGGACCCUGUGUGGGGACUGUCAGUGCUGCGGCUGCUGUGGGGGAGACGGACCAGUUUAAAUCUCCUUGAUGAGCUGCUCUAACUUGAUGGCAUGUAGGACAUUACAUUAGACUUAUUCUUUUUCCCGGGGCUGGCAAUUCCUGUCUGCAUCAUAACUGAUAAAGCUUAGGGACAACAGAGUUACUCCUUCCACUUUUCCAAGCAGCUUGGUUCAAUUCAGAUGUUUAUGCUAUUUUCAAAUAAAAAAUAGAUUGGUCACUUAAGUUAGGUUUCUGUAUCUUUCAGAUUCACUUCCUUCUAGAAUUGAAGAGCAGGUUCAAAGCAACUUUGUCAUAAUUUGUUUUGAGGGAAAAAUGUGUAAGGUCACACAUACUUCCACAUUGCUUCUUUGUAUAUAGAGAUGUUUAUAUCUUUGGAAUGUUUACAUAAUUCAAUGGAGGAAAGCACAUUAAAAAUGAGAAACUAGGACCAACUUCUGUUUCAAGAUUUAUGAGAAAAACAGAAUGAUUGAUGUAUCAUAAAUAAUUUUAUUUGGUGUCUUUUGAGCUAAUGUGUUUGAAUUACUUGUGACUAGUCUUUUGAGCCUGCUUGUACUUGCAAAGUUUUCUUAUGUAUAUUAAAUUA